UCUCAUCAAAACAAACAACAAGAAUCAAAAAUGGCCAACGCAGCCGCUAUCCUCAUCCUCCUCAUCGCCAGCGCUGCCGCCGCCAGCGCCUCAACCCAGACGACGACGAUGUUCAAGGACGAGAAGUGCAAGAGGGAGUUUCAGGAGAUGACGCAGUGGCAGUGCGUGAUGUGGAUCGCCAGCGAGCCCUUCGGAGACGCCAUUGCGCCCAACCGCCGCUACCUGCCGGAGGAGCACCUCUUCAGCUGCUGCGAGCACCUCAAGAGCCUCAGCUCCGACUGCCGCUGCGACGCCGUUUGGGAGAUGAUGAUGGAGUACACCGGCUACGGAGACAUCGCCUGCGCCCUCGGGGAGCAGUGCGGCCUCGAAUGCUCCCUCACCUGCCCCGGCUACCGCCGUGGCCCCGCCCUCGCAUGAACUACUUUUUCUUCCUAAUAAAUCACACAUACCAUCGUGUGUGUGUUUGUGUAUGCUUUUUAAGAAAAUGUAGCAACCUUUGAACUGCCCUUUAAUCAUAUUGCAUCGUUUUCCUUU